AAGAAGCUGCUCCUUUCUUUACAGGAAGAAGAAGUCCACAAAGAGCAUCCUGUUCUGGGACGAGCCUGACAGAAAACGCAGAAUCAGAGACAAUUUUUGUUUGUGGACUACAAUCGAAUUCAGCCCUGAAGUAAGACGAGCUGAUCACUGAGCAGUUGUUACUACACACAGCGACGCAGAGUGAAAAUAUCUUCUGAAGGAGUCUUUGGUUGUUGGUCCCAGAAAGAGGAGGCAAGGUUUUCUUUUUGAGCCCCUCUCACUCCACUGAGAGGUCAGAAGAGACUCUCUCUGUGGUGGUUACAGAAGACGAUGCUGUACCUGAAGAAAUACUUCACGGAGGGCCUGAUCCAGAUGGCCAUCCUGCUCAGCCUGUGUGGGGUGAUGGUGGACGUGGGACUGGAGCCCUACCUGCCUCCCGCCCUGCACGAGAUGAUCCUGGGCCCGACCUCGGUGCUGACACAGACGCAGUUCCACAACCUGAGGAACCGCCUCGAGGACGGCCAGGACCUCCACCCAAAGACUGUGGACCUGGACGGGUUCUUCACGGCUCGGAGGCUGCUGGGCUUCGUCCGCUCUCUGGACAGACUGCAGGUUCCUCAAGCUGAGCUGGAGACUUGGCUCGUCCAGCGAGACUCAGAUCCUCUACCUGUGGGUCUCCCCGAGCAGCCGAGACACCGACCUGCUCCACCUGUGGAUCUAAGACCUGGAGUCGUUACCCUGCAGGAGGAGGAAGAGGAGGAGGAGGAAGAAACACGUCAUGUACUCUAUCAUGGUGGUGAGCUGGAUGACAGAGGAGAGGAGGAGGAUGAGGAGGAGGGGGAGGACCUGGUGAGGCACCACAGGAGGUCAGAGGGAGGAGGAGAAGGACCACAAAGAUCCUGCAGCCGUGCUAACAGAGAGCUAACCCAGAAUGAAGACGACCAGACGUCUGUCUCCCUCCAGGAGUGUUUGAGGUUGUUAGAGGAAACGUUCCCCUUCUCAGAAGAACAACAAUUACAAGAUGUUGGCCGUAGAGGGGGCGACCUGGAGAACCAGCUCAGAGAGCCCCCGAUCAUCCCCAUUGGAAACCCUUCAGUGGACCUGGAGCUGCACUGGCAGGACCUGCUGGCUAUCAUGGAGCCCGAGGACGCAGAUGUUGACAUGACAUCUUCAUUUGAUCUCAACCAGAGCCAGGGACCAGCAGGGACCCUUCAGGUUGUCGGGUCCGAAGCUACACAGAGGAACUGUAACAUCCAUCAUGAUGCUGGGACCGGGACUCCCCUGCAACACGGUUUUAUGGGGCAUGUAAGCCCCGCAGAGCACGAGUCACUCACCCCCAGUGCGGAGUUGGACGACCAAAGUUCAGCCAUGAACACCAGAGGAACUUGGGAAAUUUCUAGUGUGAAUCCCUUGCUGAAUCCUCCACAUCACACUGACCUGCUUGAAGACUUUGGUCUGCGAUUAAGUGCAGAACAAAACCAGAGAACCUUCAAUGUUAAUCUGCUAACACAAGAUCUUUUGGAUGUGGAAGGCAGAUCGAGUUCACAGUAUGGCACAUACACUGAUCGCAUUCAAAGCUUUGAUAACUUUCACUCCCCUGAUUCAACACCUUCCAGUUUCACCACGUCUCCUGAGCGAGAAGGGAACAGUAUGACCCAAGACCUCAGGACACCUCCGUCCUCUGUCUUUCUGUUUGAAGAAGAGGACAAUGUUGAGGAUGAAGAUGGUCUCCUCAGCCCACUUGCAGACCUCUUAGAGGAUGCUUCCAUCUUGAAUGAGAUCAGAAUGUUGGAUCUGGCUCUGGAGGAAGGGUUCAGCCCUGAGAUGGCUGCGAGGCUGGAAGAGGAGGGCUACUUUGAACGUGAAACGGUCAAAGAGGAAACUGGGGAAGAUGAUGACCUGUCCGGCUUGAGCAUGCCAAAUACAGAAGAUCAACCAAGAACACAUCAACAAGAUGACGAGGAAGAAGCAGAUUCAGACUCUGGUCUCUCUCUGGACUUCAGCCACAGCCCAGCCUCUCCAUCUGCUUCUGAGGCCUCUUCGUAUUCCUCUUCUUCUUCCUCCUCUUCUUCUUCUUGUGGGUCAGCUGUGGGAAGUCCUUUCUCUGAGUACGAGGACAAAGAGGUUGAAGAAGGGUCAUUGGGCUCAGAAAUGGAGGUGGAGGUGACCAUAAAGCAGGAGGAGCUGGAAGAGGAGGAGAUGGGCGCAGCUGGAGGGGGAUACCCUGCAGUUGUUAAGGAAUCCUUCUCUUUUAACCACAGGGAUCACAAGAUGUUUAAUGGCUUUCCUUGGGUGGAGAGCAUCGGCCACGACCACACGUACAACCAGCCCUGGUCGUCGCCCCAAACUCCAACUCCGGGAAAGAUGCCAUCAAAACACUCCAAAUCUAUCCUUCGGCACAACGCCAAGCCUUACCGCAGCUCCUCCUCCAGACACGUAUCUGACAGCAAAAUGUGGAGCCGGGAUGAACGACGUGCACGAUCCCUGAAAGUCCCUUUCUCUACUGAACUGAUUGUUAAUCUGCCUGUGGAGGAGUUUAACGACCUAGUGGCCAAAUACAAACUCAGCGAGGAGCAGCUCACCCUCAUCAGAGACAUAAGACGCCGCGGUAAGAACAAGAUUGCCGCCCAGAACUGCAGGAAGAGGAAAAUGGACGUACUGCUGGAACUGAAGGACGAUGUUACAGGUAUGAGGCGCUACCGUUCACGACUGCUCCGCGAGAAACAGGAAGCACUGAGGAAUCUGCAGGAAAUGAAGCGCCAACUGGGCGUCUUGUACGAUGACGUUUUUUCCAGGUUGAGGGACGAGGAGGGGAUGCCGCUGGACGCUAUGGAGUACCUACUUCAGUUUGAGUCCAAUGGCAGCGUCACAGUGGCCUCACGCCAACAAGGGGCAGCGCAUCCUCUGUCAAAGCCCGGCAAGAAACAAAAGGACAAAAAGAAGUGAAGAGAUGGACCAGACCUUUGGAAGUGUGGGACAAGUUAAGAGAUUCUUAAUAGGAUUGUGAUUUAAAACCACUAAAAGAAAGAAACACUCAAGCAGUAGCAAAUGAAGGACCACAAGAAUAUUUUGAAUAUUUGGUGCUCAUAGGUGUCAUGAACUCUUUAAACACUUCAACAGACGCCCCGAUUUGUUGAUCAAGCCAUCCACCAAUUCUUCAGAGAAGAUCAACACAGGUCAAAGAAAAGUCCUUUGAGCAACGAGGUGAAAAAUUACAGAAACCUUUGACUCCAGGUUGGGUUAUAGUCGUCUACAUGGUAAAAAGUUCAACACUGGAAAAGGACUACAGCAGUUCAGCUUACUUUUACACUUUCGAGGUAAAUUCAGCCCAGAUGAGGGAUAACCAGGGACCAGCGUUUUGCAAUUCUAGCUUCAAUGCUUCUGCACAACCAUGCUUUCUUUUAGAUCGGCUGCCUCAGAAGCUUUAAGAUAUUGGGCUGAUGGCGUCAAACUGGAUUCUUGCUUUGAGCGGAUAAGUUUAAUCAUGGAUGCUUCAAGGACUCUGAACCCCAAGGGAAGGGUUGCUGGUAAAGGGAGACUGAAGUUCUUGACCCGGUUGGGAUGAAGUAUCUCAGUGAGACACUUGAGCAGGCCAAAGACUUUGGGUUAUGACAACUAAACCUUGAAACGUUCUGUUGCCAGAUCGUGCAAAACCACAGUGCAACGUGCUAACCACCAAAACCCAAAGGAACCAGGAUCCAUCUGAAGCAGAACUCUGACUUAACAAUUCCUUCGAGCAGGCUAGAUUUUUGCUGCUUUGGGGAAAACGGACGGUUCCUCUACGACUUCGGAUCGACGAACGAAGAAGCGAUUAAGGAGUAAACAAUCAGCUGAACUCUUCUUGUCGAUAUAAGCUAUUUCAGAACAUGGAACAACAUGAUUAAGGGGAUUUAUUCUUUUUUUCCUGGUAUCAUGUGAUCUCUUUGUUUCUAUCACUAUCAACAAAUCAUCCAAGUCCAGCCUUAUUCAUGGACCUUAAAUGUUCUACAAAUAAGUUGGGAUGAUGAGCCGUCACAAACUUUGGCAACUCGGGUGAUUCAGCUGCAAACAUGGAACUGAUGUUAAGAGGUAUUUGGUGGUUAGGGCUCAGGAAAAAAAAAACAACAUCCCCCAUGUUGUGGCCUCAAGUGUAGGAGGAGUGGACUACAACACAUGCCAUUGUUUCUUACUGCUUUGUGGACAGGAUGAUUUAAACACGAAUGACUGUUUUUAAAAAUGUUGCCUUUUUUACUUGUGAACUGAAAGCCCAGUAUGUUCUACCUGCCGGCCUUAAACAUACAUGUGUGUUAUGCAUUUCGGGGUUGAAGGGGCUGGAGCCGAUCCCAGCUGUCAUUGGGUGAGACUAUUGAUUUUAUUAAACACGGGUAACUAAGGAUUUAAACAUUUUCUCAAAACUUAAAGCUAACUUUAAGUUUUUCAUGAUUAGCAUGUCACCCUCUGGUAGAAGAAAUAGUUACAUGUGUAAGAACUCACUAAAGUUACGAACACAUGACUCAGAAGGUCUGACCACAUUUGGGUUUAAGACAGCAUACUUUUUCUUCUUCUGUCGGAUGUGCACGGGGCUGUAACUGAAUCUGAUGUUUCCUUGUCUGACUUCCGGCUCGAUCUGUUCUGUCCAGGUUGAGCGUACUGCGUGGAGAAUAGAUCCAGAACGUAUUUGAAACGGAGCAGAGCGUAGUGGCCCUACUGGAGACGGGCCGCGGCGCUCGCUGUAGACACACAGUUACUGACCAGAGUGGCAGCAUAGAGCACGGCGCUGACAGUAUGUGGAAAUCUAACACCUAAAAAAACAAAGUCUACGGGACAAAAUUGGAUGAUUAGGAAAUAAAGUCAAAUCUAAAUUUAGCUCUGCCAAAGGAAGAUGUUGCUUGAUUUUUAAUGGAUUUGUUUUAGAGUGGAAAUUACCAAAGCCAAUUUCAGUGUCUCCUAAAUUAGGAAGUGGUAUAUACUUCAGGUGUCUUCAUUUAAAUGAAAUUGUCUCGCCAUCGAACCGGUUGAGUGUUUAACCUCGUUAUGAUGUGCAUGUCGUUCACUUAAACGUGGGUAAAGACUUCUUAUGUUUACAUUCUGUUGAAGCCCUCUGUGCUUGCUGGUAUUCAAGGACUUUUGGGUUUUGUUUUCUGUAAAACAAAAGACUGAAAAAAUAAAAAAAAUCUAGAUACA